AUUUCGGUUCUUUUCCCCGUAAAACCCCAUGACCACGUGGAUUGGAAAAUGGACUCUCUCUCUCUCUCUCUCUCUCUCUCUCUCUGUGUGAACUCUCUCUCACUCCGAUGUCCUAUAUAUAAGCAUGAAUGAAAGGUCGAGUUUGAAAAGCACCGGAGCUUUGUACAGCAAGGAAGAAAGAGAGAACUAUCCAACCCUCUCAAACAAAUCCAACUUCUCCAUCACUCACCAUUCAAAUUCGGAACUUUCUUUUCUAAUUAAUACACAAUAAUCCAUUUCUGCUCUUUCGUUGGCUCGCAAAUCCUCCUUUUAAGGAGUCCGAAAUCUCUGGGUUGAUAGAACCCCCUCUGUUGUCAAAUGGGAAUUUCCUUUUCCUGCCUAUUUGCUGAGCACGCCGAUUUGGAAAGUGGGUUAGAAUCAAUAAUUGUAAAGUCCAUCAGCUUUGGGGAUGAUGAAGUGAAAACUCCAGUUAGAUCAGUCAGUUUCAAAAGUGGUGAUACAGAACCCACAAUAAUGAAAUCUUUAGGCUCUGGAAAGAUGACACUAGAAACUUCUGUUAGCUUUAAAGGGAACGAGUUAGAGAAAAUGGUAUUGUUUAAGGUUCCUUCAUUAGAAAAGAGCAUGAGCACUGCUUCACUCAGUCCCCUUAUCAAAGAAAUGAACAUUGCACCAAUCAGCCCCAUUAGCAAAGAGAUGAACAUUCAACCCCCAAGAUCAGAUAGUUCGCUGGGGAUGAUCCAACCCUUGCAAUUUCCACAUCCCGCCAGCCCCAAACACAGGGCCGCAAUUAAAUUGCAAAAAGUAUACAAAAGCUUCCGAACCAGACGAAAGCUAGCAGAUUGUGCGGUUCUUGUUGAACAGGACUGGUGGAAGGUUUUAGAUUUCGUUGAGCUCAAGCGGAGUUCUAUAUCAUUCUUUGAAAUUGAGAAAAAUGAAACUGCCAUCUCACGUUGGUCUAGAGCAAGGACCAGAGCUGCGAAGGUUGGAAAAGGUCUAUCAAAGAAUGAAAAAGCACAAAAACUUGCUCUGCAGCACUGGCUUGAAGCAAUUGACCCAAGGCAUCGGUAUGGACAUAAUCUACACUUUUAUUACAUUAACUGGCUCCAUUGUGAGAGUAGAGAACCCUUCUUCUACUGGCUAGAUAUAGGAGAAGGGAAGGAAGUAAAUCUUGUUGAAAAAUGCCCUCGAUCAAAACUUCAACAGCAGUGUAUCAAGUAUCUCGGACCGAAGGAAAGAAUGGCCUACGAAGUUAUUGUGGAGGAUGGAAAAUUCUUCUACAAGCAAUCAGGGCAGGUCCUCCAUACAACAGAAGAAUUCGAUGAUGCCAAAUGGAUUUUUGUCCUUAGUGCUUCUAGAACCUUAUAUGUUGGCAAGAAAAAGAAGGGGACAUUUCAGCAUUCAAGUUUUUUGGCUGGAGGAGCCACAUCUGCUGCUGGGAGAUUAGUUGUUGAACAUGGCAUCAUUAAGGCAGUUUGGCCUCACAGUGGUCAUUAUCGCCCUACAGAAGAAAAUUUCAGAGACUUUGUCUCAUUCCUCGAAGAGAACAAGGUGGAUCUCACAGAUGUUAAGUUAAGUCCGGUUGAGGAGGAAGAGGAAGGUUCACUUAGCAAGAAAAGAAGCAGUGCUCAUAUUAGAUGCAACUCAUCUGAAGGGGACUUCAUCGAAAAUGUAUGUGAGUUAAAGAACCAAGAAACCAUUGUUGAAGACUUGACUCGCGAGGAGACUGAUUCAAUGGUACAAGCUGCUGCUGCAAUGGAUUCUCAUAUGUCAAGCCGGCUCUGCAGUGUUAGUAAAAAAUUGUCUAAUCUGGCAAUACCAAACAGGGAAAGAUAUUUCAAGAAGAGUGAAACUCAACCUUCUGCUUCAAGUUGCAGUAGUAUAACUGUAGAAUCUCCAGUGGAUGGUUAUGAAACAGCAGAAGAAAAUCUCUCAUCAGAACAAGAUUACAUGGUUCCAAAGAAGAACUUGUUUGAAGAAAACCAUGAAGAGACUGAGGAAGAAGACAUUCCUCAAGAAUCAAUUCUCAAGAGGAUUAACUCACACAAAGGAAUGAGAUCAUUUCAACUGGGAAAGCAGUUGUCAUGCAAAUGGACAACAGGAGCUGGACCUCGCAUUGGUUGUGUGAGGGACUAUCCCUCAGAGCUCCAGUUUCGAGCUUUGGAGCAUGUCAACUUGUCCCCAAGAAGCGCAGCCCGUUCGAGAUCAUACUUCUCUCCUCGGAUCAUUAGCGGUUUGAGUCCAAGGGUGCUGAUGCCGACAGAAUGUGGUGGGGAGAUGGAAGCAAUCAUAAGCUCGCCGGCACUUGAGAGAUUGAAAAGCAUUCACCAUUCUAGAACUCAGUCCUCCCCACUUUUUACAGGAAGUAGAGCAUGCGCAAUUGCUAAUGUCUCAUGACUGAAAAUAGAUUUCUUUAUUUAUUAUUCUUUUUCUUUUUAUCCAUAUUAAUUUAUUCUUUUGUGUGAAUAGAAAAGAUGAUAUAAGAAUUCUCUGUCAUUCUUUUCCUACACAAAUCAUGUAUACAGUUUUUUCAUUAGUUCAUCUUGUAAAAAGGGAGAUGACAAAUUGUAGGAUUUUGGUGGGUUCGAUGCCCUUUUAAUACAAAAGAAGAUUCAAAUUUUUUC